AAAAUUCCCAAAAAUGAUAUUAGAGCUAUUGGUAGAGCUCUUGGUAUUGUGGUGAAAUGCAAAGACUUGAUGCAGCUUUAGAAGAGACCAAGUUGGCUAAGGUGAAGGAUAGUGAUUGGAGUUCUAUCCAAAAGAAGGCAGCAAGUCAAAUUCGGCUGGCACUUGCAUCGGAGGGGAAAUACAACAUCCUUUCAGAGACUACUCCAAUAGGCAUGUGGAAGAAGCUAGAAGAGAUAUAUGCUUCAAAAUCUUUAACCAAUCAACUGUGUUUAAAGAUGGAGCUGUAUCAAUUGAAGAUGGCAGAAGGCAUUAACAUUCACAAUCACUUAUCUAAUUUCAACAUGAUGAGUAUGCUGGUGGGUAAGACUACUUUGGUGAUGAAAGAUGUCAUAACCAUGUUGUUGGAGAAUGAUAAAUUUCUCUGGGAGGAUGAUGGUGCCAAACAAAAUAAUGCUUUGGUGAUGGAGCAAUCUCGAGGGAGAUCCAAUGGACAUGAGAAAGGUCGAAAUCUAGACCUAAGAAGGAUUAUGGUGAAGUGCAGUGUUUCUAUUGUGGGGGAGGCUAAUAUUGUUGAAGAAAAUGUGGUUGAGGUAUUAGCUUGUGAAGAAUGUGAUCCUACGGUGGAGAAAAACAAUCGGAGGUGGAUUUUGGACUCUGCUACAACCAUACAUGUGUGCAAUAAUCCUUCGAAAUUUGUGAGUUUGGUUCGAGGGGAGCUUGGCAAAAUAACGAUGGCUACCAGUGAGAAGGUGAAUAUUGAAAACAUAAGAGAUGUUCGUCUCAAUGUUCACAAUGGGAGAGCCAAGAUUCUCGAGAAUGUGAGAUAUGUGCCCAAGUGUUCAAGCAAUAUUAUUACUUUGAGUGAAUUGACAACAAGAGGGUACAAGGGUGUUGGAAAGCGAGAAUGGUGCAAGGUCUACAAAGGUGGAAGACUUGUUCUACAUGGAAGGAAGAACAAGCACAACAUUUAUGUGCUUUAGCAACAUCCCGAGAGAGGGCUUAACAAGACCAUGAGAAAGAUGGUGCGGAAGCCUAAAGGGAUCUUGGUAGAUGGCAAGGAAAUUAAUAAGACCAAGAAGAAGGUGAGCUUCAACAAUGAAGUGGUGUUUGAUGA